AUGGCGGUCCCAUGGGUGCACAAGACGACCGAAUCCCGACUCUGCAAAUUCUGCCCCUUCCCAACGACGUUCGAGUAUCCAUACUCAGCGGGUUCAAAAUGUUCAGGGUGUGGGCGGGACCUGGCAGAGGUUGAUCCCGGACGUGGAUCCCGCGAGGCCAGGGAUGCUGCCGCUCGAGUCUUCGCGUUGAACGCUGCUCGGGCACACCAGGAGAGAUCAGCCACCAUACCGACCGUCGCCACCGAAGCCAGUCUCUCGCAGAAGCUGGAUCACGGAAAUGUCGAUCCCAACAUCGCUGAGGCUGUUCAAGCGCUGGUGGAGGAGGUCAAAGCGCUGAAGGAAGAGGUUCGGGCGCUGAGGGAGGAGACCCAAGCGUCGACGAAGGAGAACAAGGAGUAUGUCUACAAGGCGACGAAGCGCAUCCUGCACGAGGUCGACGCAGUUAGAGCUGAGCUACCCGCUCGGAAAGAGGGGAACACAGACCAGGCUUGA